CCCUUUCCAAUAAUGUACUCCUUACUCUUUGGCAAGGUACGCCUUCCCCUUUGGCAAGGUACCCCUUCAUUAGAGAUCCGAAAGAGAAAAAAGUAAAUUAUUUCGGAUACUCAAGUCUGAGUACAUAAGACAGUUUUUAUAAUAAGAAAGACAAGUUACGGGAAAUGGAAUCUUUUUCGUUAUCUGAGAGUUUGCUCUGCGGAAGAUAACUGCACCCCAAGGCACUGCCAGGAGAUCUAUAUUUCUGUUCCUGACAUCUGUAGGUACCACUGCCACUGCCAAUGGUGAUGAGGAUAAGUGGUGGGAAAAUGAACUGGGAGGUGAUAUAUCUUCCUUGACAGAUUUAAAGAACUGCCACAGGCAGCCCCAAGGCAAGUGCUGACUGAGGACAUUCUGGCGCCUGUGUCGGGUCACUCUGGCAUCGGCAGGCAAAGCUGUUAGAAGCAGGGGGCGAUGCAAUAACUCUGUGGUUUAAAUCUCUGCUUAGAUCCUUUUUCUGAGGGGCUGAACUGGAGGUUGUACUACAAAUUCUGAAAUAUCCAUUAUUGUUGGUAAGUUAGUAUCUGCCUUGUCCUUGUGUUAUUACCGUGGAGAUCCAGUAUUCAUUACUCCAUGCCCAGGAUCCAAAGAUAUGCCCACAUAAACAUUUGAAUAUGGUUGUCCUAAGAUUUCAAGGUUUGCUCCCCAUCCUCGAAGCCCCUGCAUUCACCCAAGGUGUAGUGGUGGAUGUGGGCUGAGUCAAUCUUAAUAUUGAUCACAAGGGGAGAAUCUGACCUGAGUUACUGCUCUGGCAAAGACAAACAGGCACAAAUGCAAUAUGGCGAAGGACCAUGGCUGCUCCCUAGGGAGCCUCCCGGGGAGCCUGGAGGAGCUGUGCUUACUGCUUCUGGAGAGCCAAGCUGGGGACAUUCAAAGGGAGGAAGUGUGCUCAAAGGCAGCCCUUGCACCCAGUGACUUUUCUCACUUUGUUUGUCUAAAUAUAAAUGUGCUUUUUGGUUAUAAAACAGCUAACCGUUUUGCUUUUCUUUUGUGCUUCUGUCGGGUCCAGGACUUUAUAAGGAUUUGACCUUACUCAAAAUGUGCAAAGAAGAAUGAUGGAAGCCCCUGAAUACCUUGAUUUGGAUGAAAUUGACUUCAGUGAUGACAUCUCUUAUUCAGUCACGUCACUCAAGACCAUCCCGGAACUGUGCCGAAGAUGUGAUUCGCAAAACGAAGACAGAUCAGUUUCUAGCUCUAGCUGGAAUUGCAGUGUCUCAACUCUUAUUACAAACACACAGAAGCCCACGGGAAUCGCCGAUGUAUACAGUAAGUUCCGCCCAGUGAAGCGAGUGUCCCCACUGAAACAUCAGCCAGAGACUCUGGAGAACAAUGAAAGCGAUGACCAAAAGAACCAGAAGGCAGAGUACCAGAAAGGGGGUGAUUCUGACCCAGGCCCCCAACCUGAGGAGCUCAGCCCCAGAGAUGGAGAGAGCAGCCCUCAAAGUAAGAGCACGGAGCCCAGCCCCUUGCUGGGCGAACUGGAGCAUUAUGACCUCGACAUGGAUGAGAUUCUGGAUGUGCCUUACAUUAAAUCCAGUCAACAGCUUGCCUCUUUUGCCAAGGUGACUUCAGAAAAAAGAAUUUUGGGUUUAUGCACAAGCAUCAAUGGCCUUUCUAGCAAAGCCUGUUCUACAGGAAAUGCUGAGAACUCACUGUCCAACAUGACACCAUUUUGUGUUCUCUCUCCUGUGAAAAGCCCUCACUUGAGAAAAACAUCCUCUGUCGUCCGUGACCAGCAGAAGCUCUCCACUGAAGAAUCCGAGAGUUCUCCUCCUCUGGUUAAAUGUGGCUCUGCAUAUGAGCCUGAAAACCAGAGUAAGGACUUCCCAAAUAAGACCUUUAGUGAGCCUCAUGGUCGGAAAGUUGACAAGGCAAUGCCAGACUGCCAGCUCAGGGCCUUCCAUCUGCAGUCCUCAGCACCAGACCCCAAACUAGAGGAGCAGAUCGGUGGCAUGAACUGGACCAGCUCCCAAGGCCCAGAAGAAAGGAGUGAGUACCUGAAAAAAGUAAAAAGCAUCCUGAACAUCGUUAAAGAAGGGCAAAUAUCUCUCCUGCCACACCUAGCCGCCGACAAUCUAGACAAAAUUCAUGAUGAAAGCGGAAACAAUCUCUUACACGUUGCCGCAGCGCAGGGACAUGCAGAAUGUCUGCAGCAUCUCACGUCUUUGAUGGGAGAAGAUUGCCUCAACGAGCGAAAUGUGGAGAAGCUGACUCCAGCGGGCCUGGCCAUCAAGAAUGGUCAAUUGGAGUGCGUACGCUGGAUGGUGAGUGAAACAGAAGCCAUUGCUGAAUUGAGUUGUUCUAAGGAUUAUCCAAGCCUUAUUCAUUACGCAGGUUGCUUUGGCCAGGAAAAGAUUCUGCUGUGGCUUCUUCAGUUCAUGCAAGAGCAGGGCAUCUCACUGGAUGAAGUAGACCAGGAAGGCAACAGUGCCGUUCAUGUGGCUUCCCAGCAUGGCUACCUCGGGUGCAUACAGACCCUGGUUGAAUAUGGAGCAAAUGUCACCAUGCAGAACCACGCGGGGGAAAAGCCCUCCCAGAGCGCUGAGCGCCACGGACACACCCUGUGCUCCCGGUACCUGGUGGUGGUGGAGACCUGCAUGUCGCUGGCCUCCCAGGUGGUGAAGCUAACCAAGCAGCUGAAGGAACAGACAAUGCAACGUGUCACACUGCAGAACCAGCUCCAACAACUUCUGGAAGCCCAGAAAUCAGAGGGCAAAUCUCUCCUUUCUUCGCCCAGUUCACCAUCCUCCCCAGCUUCCAGAAAGUCCCAGUGGAAAUCCCCAGAUGAAGAUCAUGAGCCUAUAGGCAAAAGCAAACCAGGAAUCCAAGAGGGGAUUCAAGUUCUUGGAAGCCUGUCCGUGUCCAGCCGGGCUAGGGCCAAAGCUAAAGACGAAGAUGCGGAUAAAAUCCUACGCCAGUUAUUAGGAAAAGAUAUUUCAGAGAAUGUCUGCACCCAGGAAAAGCUGUCCUUGGAAUUCCAGGAUGCUCAGGCUUCUUCUAGAAAUUCAAAAAAGACCCCACUGGAGAAGAGGGAACUGAAGUUAGCCAGGCUGAAGCAGCUGAUGCAGCGGCCACUGAGUGAGCCUGACCCAGACUCCAACAACGCUGAGGACCCCAAGGGCACGCCUGUGAGAAAGGCUGACAGGCCCAGACCACAGCCUGUCGUGGAAAGCGUGGAGAGUAUGGACAGCGCAGAGAGCUUACACCUGAUGAUAAAGAAACACAGCUUGGCAUCAGGACGCAGGUUUCCUUUUAGUAUCAAGGCCUCCAAAUCUCUGGAGGGCCACAGCCCGUCCCCCACCUCAGAGAGCAGCGAGCCAGACUUGGAAUCCCAGGGUCCAGGCUCAGGAACCGCGCCCCCAAGCCAGCCCUCUGGAGAACCCCCUCAGCCCAGCCCUGACAGCACAGCUGCCCAGAAGGUGGCCACGAGUCCCAAGAGCGCCCUCAAGUCCCCAUCUUCCAAGCGCCGAACGUCGCAGAACUUGAAACUCAGAGUUACCUUUGAGGAGCCUGUGGUGCAGAUGGAGCAAACAAGCCUUGAACUAAACGGAGAGAAGGACCGAGAUAAGGGCAGAACCCUCCAGCGGACCUCCGCGAGCAGUGAACCAGGGGAUCAACUGAAAAGGCCUUUUGGAACCUUCCGAUCCAUCAUGGAGACGCUAAGUGGCAACCAGAACAAUAAUAAUAACUAUCAGGCAUCCAACCAGCUGAAGACCUCCACUCUGCCCUUAACCUCACUUGGGAGGAAGACCACAGACGGUAAGGGAAAUCCAGGGAGCUCUGCUAGCAAAGGAAAGAAUAAGGCGGCAUAAUGACAUCAAUAGAAAAAUGAAGAAAUCCUACAGCAUAAAGCACGUCGCUGAGCUAGAGUCAAAAGAAUUCUUCUUAUAAAUCACUUGUUUAUUAUCUCUCAUUGCUGCCCUUUGGAUACCAUUGGAAAUGCCUGGACUGUCCUCUGUGGAAAUAGAAUCAUGAGAACAGUGCCUCACCAGCAGAAGAAUAGACUAUCGGGAUGCCUUAAAUUUAUAGCACUAGAGUAUAUAAGACACAUUUUUGGGUGAUAUUUGUAUAUAUAACUUGUUUUUAAAGAGAUGCUGUUUAAAAGCAUGGUUGGGCAAAUGUAUGUUUUUUAAGAUUGAUUCAACCUCCCCACAGGACAUUCACCAAGCCACUGUCACCGUUUUAUAUUUCAUCAACUGCAUGGGUGUUUGCUGAUGUUGGUUGAACUUCCCUUUCCCCAUAACAUGGGCAGUUUGGGCUCAGCUUCUCAAUGAGACCAGGUCAGUGCUAUUGUUUUCUGUUAAGAGUGUUUUUUUCUGUCAUUUCUACUUUUUGUGUAAAGGAAAUAAAACAAUGUUAACAGCCACGUAUAAGCUUGGGGCACUUACCUUCUAAUAAAUCUGUGAUGUUCUAAUUUCUAAGGGGCUUUAAGAGUAUUUUGACGGCUGAUAUUUUAUUUCAGGAACAAACUGCCCAGUUGAGCUGCUUUCCCAUAGGGGUCAAAUAAAACAUUCUCGUUUUCACGAAGUGCUAGAGGAUCAGACAAGUAUAUAAAGUCAGUCAGUUCCUUCUGUCUUCUCAGAUCGCAGUGUUGACAUGAGAAAAUACUAAUGACAGCUAAGGAUUUAGCCCCUUUCCUGGGUCACUUUUUUCUGCCUCUAACACAUGACGAGGCCUGUCUAAUUCCUUUAGGAGACAGUGUGGAGCCUGAGUUCAUAACAGCUCUAUUGUUGAUGCAGCUCUUUGAAUCCAUGUAAGAGUAAGUUCCAGAUGGUUUUGU